AUGCCAGAGUUCGUCAAACUUCAAGCGGGGAAACAGGCAGGCGGCAGUGUAGAUAUCCUCUUCUAUUUGACGCUGAGCCUCGGCGUGGCCGCCAUGAUAAACAUCGGCUUUGUGAUCAUCGAACAGAGGCAAGCACGGCGACGUGAAUGGAUGGAUCGGGCCGAGAAGGAGCGCAAGCAGGGGUGUGAAGAAGAGCAAAUCCAACAAUGGUAUCUCGAAGAGGUCUACAAGGAAAUAGCGCGCAAAAAUCAACAGAAACUCCGCGAGAAACAGAACAAACAACUUGAUGCCAUCAGGAACCCAUUGCUUGCACUCCAUAACCUCAAGGCUCUCAAUCCGGGAGAUAAACGCGAGCCUGAGAAUAACACAAAUACAAAGGACGAGAAGAUGACGAAGAUAAGCCAGAAGCACGCCGCAAAAUCGAAAGAUGAGCCGACGCAACCGAGCGACAAGACGAUGAGGAGUCGACGA